CGUCUCCCCUGCAUUUUUCCUCACUCACAAGUCACAAGCACUUGCAGAGAGCAGCAGUAGCGAGACAGUAGCGGCGAUUUGGUUGGGUUGGUACUGUGUAGAGUGCCGAGAGCUAGAAAUGGCACCGGCUUCGUCGUUCCCGAUCAUCGACAUGGGGCUGCUGGGCGGGGAGGAGAGGCCCGCGGCCAUGGAGCUGCUGCACGACGCAUGCGAGAACUGGGGAUUCUUCCAGGUUCUGGACCACGGCAUCUCGACGGAGCUGCUGGACGAGGUGGAGAAGAUGACCAAGGCGCACUACAAGAGGGUGCGCGAGCAGAGGUUCCUGGAGUUCGCGAGCAAGACGCUGGAGGGCGGCAAGGCUGACACGGAGAACCUGGACUGGGAGAGCACCUUCUUCGUGCGCCACCUCCCUGAGCCCAACAUCGGCGACAUACCGGACCUCGACGACGACUACAGGCGUGUGAUGAAGCAGUUCGCGGCGGAGCUGGAGAAGCUGGCGGAGCGGCUCCUGGACCUGCUCUGCGAGAACCUCGGCCUGGAGAAAGGCUACCUCACGCGCGCCUUCCGCGCCGGCUCCAAGGCCGGCGUCCCGACCUUCGGCACCAAGGUCAGCAGCUACCCGCCGUGCCCUCGCCCGGACCUCGUCAAGGGCCUCCGCGCCCACACCGACGCCGGCGGCAUCAUCCUGCUCUUCCAGGACGACCAAGUCGGCGGCCUCCAGCUGCUCAAGGACGGCGCCUGGGUCGACGUGCCGCCCACGCGCCACUCCAUCGUCGUCAACCUCGGCGACCAGCUGGAGGUCAUCACCAGUGGGAGGUACAAGAGCGUGCUCCACCGCGUGGUCGCGCAGACCGACGGCAACCGCAUGUCCAUCGCGUCCUUCUACAACCCGGCCAGCGACGCCGUCAUCUUCCCGGCGCCGGCGCUGGUGAAGAAGGAAGCCGGCGCCGGGACGUACCCCAAGUUCGUGUUCGAGGACUACAUGAAGCUGUACGUGCGCCACAAGUUCGAGGACAAGGAGCCCAGGUUCGAGGCCUUCAUGUCCAUGGAGACCGACACCUCCAAGCUCAUCGCCACCGCUUGAUUUACCUUGCUCUGCUCCGCGGCCGCCGGCCGGGCUUCAGUUUUAAUGUCGCCGACGACGAUACUCUACAUAGGAUGCUUCAAAGUUCGUACGGGCUGCUAGACUACUGGUGACUGGUUUGUAUGUACUGUCGAAUAAACAGGCUAGGAGCUAGCUUGGACAUGUAUUGUCAUUCACGCUGUGUCGUGCUUUGUGUGCUAAGCCUAGCUAGGACAUGUAUUUGUCAUUUUCGCUGUGUUGUGCUGCUUCCGACCAGCAUGAGAGUUGUACUGUGCUGUAUCUGUUCUUAUUCCCAUACUCGUUGUCUCCUUGUGUAGUAUAAGUGCCUUUUCAG